AUGUCAUCCCCCGGAGUCGUUGCCCACUCAGCCAGUGCCUCCAACGAGCUCGGGUUUGAGUGGACUCUCAUGGGGAGGGUCGACAGGGAGCCCCUCGAGGCCGUCUGGGGCACGAUGCCGUUCGAAGCCGAGAUGGGUCUGACCGCCGAGCUGACCCGCUCCCUCAAGCAGCCCUGGAAAUUGCUGUUUCUCCUUUUUCUUCAGGGCAUCUCUGUCGAAGAACGUCCGCCGCCCGGCAAGGUUUGGGCUGAGGAGGAAGAGAGCCUGGUCAAGAUCUGGAAAGACCGGGAAGUCGUCCCCCUGCGCCAAGAGUUCACCAAGAUCCUCGGUCCCGCAUCAAUACAUUUGAUUUGA